AUGGUUUCCGCAAAUGCUAGCAAUGGUCAUCCCGGCCAUCUCGAUCCCAAGCAACAGCAUAUGGUGUACAAGCUGCGUGAAGAUGUGAGUACAAUGAGACUGACCCGGCAGCUUAAGGCCAAAGGGUAUUAUGCGGCUGAUCGUCACGAUGACGCUUGCAUGUGCCGGUUUCUGCGUGCCCGCAAGUGGGAUUACCAUGCGGCUAAUGGUAUGAUGAUGGAAGCGGAAAAAUGGCGACGCGAGUACAAGGUGGACGAGCUCUAUGAGACGUUCACAUUCCCUGAGAAGGAGGCCGUCAACGAGCUGUACCCACAGUUCUACCACAAAACCGACAAGGACGGGCGUCCUGUCUACGUGGAGCAGCUGACCCAUUUGGAUUUGAACAAGCUUUUUAAAGUUACAACCCCCGAGCGCCUAAUUCAGCAACUUGUAUAUGAAUAUGAGAAGUGCCAGCGUGAACGCCUGCCUGUGUGUUCAGAAAUGAGCAACAAGCUGAUCGAAACGAGCUGCACAAUUAUGGAUCUUAAGAAUGUGGGCAUAGCGCAGUUCUGGAGGGUAUCGUCCUAUGUCCAACAGGCCAGUAAGAUUGGACAGUUUUACUACCCUGAGACAAUGGGCCGUUUCUACAUUAUCAAUGCACCUUACAUUUUCACUACAGUGUGGUCAGUCGUGAAAAGCUGGCUGGAUCCUGUUACUCGAGAAAAGAUCCAGAUUCUUGGGUCCAAUUUCCUGACAGAACUGUCCAAGCAGAUUCCCACCGAAAACAUUCCUUCGAUUGUAGGUGGCUCUUGUCAGUGCCCUGGUGGCUGUCUUAUGUCGGAUGCAGGCCCGUGGAAUACUCCCGAAGGUGAAGAGAUUAUUCGCCGUGUGCGCAACGAGAAGCAGAGACUCAAACUCGAUGAUUCGGAUGAGCCGCACGACACCAGUGCACCGUCAAACGAGCAAGACAAGAGCUCGGCGGCUGCUGUGGCUAAUAGCUCCGCUCAGCAGCAGGAGAGCAGUGAACGACCUCGUGAUUCUGAGCAACCAGAGGAUGCUCCUGCUCUUCCGGCCAAAGAUGACACUGUCGUGGUGCCGCCCAGCGCGAAGGAUUCUACGGACAAUGCUUUGGCUAUUCCCAUGGCGAGCGACUCACCGGAUGUCCCUGCACCACCGGUACAGAUUCAGCCACCUAUUUCUACGCUGGCACCCCCGCAGUGA